AAAACAUCAGCUGAUAAUUUAACACUUUUUAUUUAUCAUUGUUAAUUAUUAAUUAUUUAUAAAAAAAAUUUAUUGAUUGUUUUAUUGUUAAUUAACAUAAAAUUUAAUUACAAUAAUUUAUUGGAGAUGUCGAAAAAAAAACACAACAUCGCUUACAUAAAACCAGAGGAGCCGAAAUUUAUUCGUGAGUUAAAAGCUCAGAUUGGGUUCAAAGAAGGUCCUGAUAUCAAUACCAAGAGGCAAGAAUUAUCAGAAGGCGAAGAUGAAGAUUUUGAUGACCAUAUUGAAGAGAAACCAACAGUAGUCGUAUUAAAUAAUGGAGACUUGACAGCUGAAGAAGCUGAUGCCUUUCAAAAGAAAAAAGACGAUGAGGAAGCAAACAAGCCAGCAGAUUUAACAAAAAGGAUAAUAUUCAACCGGAAAUCAAAGGCAUCAGAGCAAGAUAUAGAUGAGCAGCCUCUUCCCAAAAAAAAUAAAAAAAAAAAAUCAAAAGUCGUCCUGUCCUUUAACGACGAAGACGAAUAAUCUUAUCUAAUCUAUUUAUAAAUUACUAAUGAAUAAACUUGUACAUAUUUUUUUA